UCCGCGGGCUGCCCCCGGCGCUCCCCGCUGCCUCCCCUCAGUGCCCCGCGGUCACCCCAGGUCCCCCGCGUCUCCACGGUGCCCCCAGUGCCCCGAGUCCCCCAGUCCCCUCGGGUCCCUUGGUCCCGGGCAUGGCUCGCGCGGCGGAGCCCGAGCGGCGGCUCCUGGCCGUCUACACCGGCGGCACCAUCGGAAUGCGGAGCGAGCGUGGCGUGCUCAUCCCAGGGAGGGGCCUGGCCGAUGUCCUGAGGACACUGCCCAUGUUCCACGAUGAGGAGCACGCCCGGGCCUGUGACCUCCCUGAGGACACCCUGGUGCUGCCGCCCGCCAGCCCAGAACAGAGGGUCAUCUACACAGUGCUGGAGUGCCAGCCCCUCUUCGACUCCAGUGACAUGACCAUCACUGAGUGGGUUCAGAUUGCCCAGAUCAUUGAGAGACACUAUGAGCAGUACCAUGGCUUUGUGGUCAUCCAUGGCACCGACACCAUGGCCUUCGCUGCGUCCGUGCUCUCCUUUGUGCUGGAAAACCUGCAGAAAACAGUCGUCCUCACUGGUGCCCAGGUGCCCAUCCAUGCCCUGUGGAACGACGGCCGCGAGAACCUGCUGGGGGCCCUGCUCAUGGCCGGCCAGUACGUGAUCCCUGAGGUCUGCCUGUUCUUCCAGAAUCAGCUGUUUCGGGGUAACCGAGUGACCAAGGUGGACGCGCGUAGGUUCGCGGCCUUCUGCUCCCCAAACCUGCCUCCUCUGGCCAUCAUGGGCCCUGACGUCACAAUCAACCAGGAGCUGGUGCGCAAGGUCCGAGGGAUGGAGAGGCUGGUGGUGCACAGCAGCAUGGAGCAUGACGUGGGCCUGCUGCGUCUCUACCCCGGGAUCCCCGCUGCCCUGGUCCGGGCCUUCCUGCAGCACCCCCUGAAGGGCGUGGUCAUGGAGACCUUCGGCUCCGGGAACGGACCCACCAAACCUGACCUGCUGCAGGAGCUGCGGGCGGCGACCGAGCGAGGCCUCGUCAUCGUCAACUGCACCCACUGCCUGCAGGGCGCCGUGACAUCGGACUAUGCAGCCGGCAUGGCCAUGGCGGGAGCCGGCAUAGUCUCAGGCUUUGACAUGACGUCGGAGGCUGCUCUGGCCAAGCUGUCCUAUGUGCUGGGCCAGCCGGGGCUGAGCCUGGAGGGCAGGAAGGAGCUGCUGGCCAGGGACCUCCGGGGGGAGAUGACGCUGCCCGCGGUGGAUGAGCGCCGGCCCUCUCUGCAGCGCAGCGUGCUGGGGCGUGGGGUCGCCCAGCUCCUCCGUCAGAGCCAGGGGGCCGAUGCUGUGCGGGACACCCUCAUGCCCAGCCUGGCCUGUGCUGGGGCCCGUGCCGGCGACCUGGAGGCCCUGCAGGCGCUGGUGGAGCUGGGCAGUGACCUAAGCCUGGAGGACUGCAGUGGUCAAACUCCACUGCACGCGGCUGCCCGCGGGGGCCACGUGGAGGUGCUCGCCAUGCUGCUGCAGAGAGGGGUGAGCGUGAACGCGCGGGACCAGGACGGCCUCACUCCCCUGCUGCUGGCUGUGAGGGGCAGGCAUCAGGGUGUCAUUGAGCUGUUGCGGGCAGCCGGGGCCUGUCUGUCCCCUGAGGAGCUGGAGGACGCAGGGACUGAGCUGUGCAGGUUGGCAUCCAGGGGGGACUGCGAAGGCCUAAGGGCGUGGUGGCAGGCAGGGGCAGACCUGGGACGGCCAGGCUAUGACGGGCGCAGCGCCUUGCUCAUUGCGGAAGCAGCUGGGGACCUGGAAGUGGUGACGGUUCUGCAGAGCCUCCAGGGUGGGGUUGGUGCCCAGGCCCUGGGUCCAGCCACCCCGUGACACACCCUACCACAGCACUGGAGGCCCAGCCAUGGCCAAGAAGUUCCUCGAGCCUGGAGGGGACCUCCGAUCUCUCUCCUGCACCCCAGGACCCACUGGGCUGGGUGCUCCUGCCUGCCCUCCAGACUGAGUGGCCCAGGCCCCCAGCUGACACCUCCACCCCCUACUCCGUCAUCUGGCCCUCCAGAAGACUCUCAAGGCCGGCUGGGUUUGCCCCGGUCCUUGGGUCCCUCCGCUGCGGAAGGCUGGGCCCCACUGCACAGGUGCCUGGGCUUGUCUGUCCACCAGGCCCCCGUGCGCUACCUGGGCCUCCACUCAAUCUCAGGAGACCUCUCAUUGUCAGGAAGUGCUGCCUGCUGUCUAACCGGAAGCUGUCCUGGUGCAGCGUAAGCCAGACCUUCCUGCUGUGACCUGCUGCAGGGAUCGCAGGUGCCCCCCACCCACACCCCCCAUGGCUCUCACCAGGAUGUGCCCCUGCUGCUGGGACACUUCCUCUUCUGUUUCUGAGAAGCCUAAAGGUCUUUGUUGGGCAGAGUGGCAAUAAAGUCCCUCUGGGGACCACUCCCUCACCAAAGCCUG